AUGAGUGAUUUAGGAUUUGAUCCAAAUUUAAAGAAAAAGAAGAAGUCAAAGAAGCCAACUGAUGAAUCAUCAGUAUCAGCAUCAGCAUCACCAGCUCCUUCAUCAACAACUGAUAUCGGAGGAGAUGAAUUAUUUGCUGGAUUAAAGAAAAAGAAGAAGUCAAGUAGUAAGAAACUUGUUGAAGAAGAAUCAGUAGAAAACUCUCGAUCUCCAUCUCCUGGUUUAGAAGAUAGUUUAGCUGAUUUAACUUUAAAGAAAAAGAAGAAGAAGUCUAAAACUUCAAAUGAUGCCAUUGAUUUUGAAGCUCAAUUAGAAGAAGCUGGUAUUGAAGGUGUCACCAGUCCAAAUGCAGGUGAUGAUAGUCUUGUUGAUGGUGAUGAAGAUGAAGAAGAAAUUGUAUCUGGAUUAUCAUAUCAAAUUUUAUUAUCCAGAUUUUUUGAUCUUUUGAAAGUUAAUAAUCCAGAAUUAGCUGGUGAUAGAUCAGGACCUAAAUUUAGAAUCCCACCUCCAGUAUGUCAAAGAGAAGGGUCUAAAAAGACUUUAUUUGCCAAUGUUCAAGAAAUCGCUACUGUAUUACAAAGAAAUCCAGAACAUUUAAUUCAAUUUUUAUUUGCCGAAUUAGGUACUUCAGGUUCUAUUGAUGGUGAAAAGAGAUUAGUAUUAAAGGGUAAGUUUCAACCUAAACAAAUGGAAUCAGUGUUAAGAAGAUAUAUUCUUGAAUAUGUUACUUGUAAAACAUGUAAAUCCAUGAAUACUGAUUUAAAGAGAGAAUCUACUAAUAGAUUACAUUUCUUAAGUUGUAAAGCUUGUGGAUCAACUAGAUCUGUGUCAACCAUUAAGACUGGUUUCCAAGCCCAAAUUGGAAGAAGAAAGAGAGAAUAA